CAUAGUGCCGCCUGGCUUGCGGGCCAAUGCUAAAGAAGAUGAGUUUAGUUUAUGAUUUGUUUAGUUCAUGAUAAGUACGUGGUUAUUUAAGUUGAUUCCUUUAGUUCAGUCAGGAGAAAUAAGCCCGAAGAUGUUUGGGCAGCUUCCAGGAUGACAGCAUUACGCCGACUCUUUCAUCCCUUGUAAAUAUAUCCGCGGGUUGUCUCAGAAAGAUCACGCAGACGCAGACCAGUCCAUGGAGGGACACACCCCGGUGACGGAAAACCCGCAUGCUGAAUAUGGCCUCACAGAUAAUAUCCAGAGAAUAGUGGAGAAUGAGAAGGGUAGCGCAGCAGAGAAGAGCUCCAAGCAGAAGGUGGAUCUGCAGGCCCUCCCAACGCGAGCCUACCUGGACCAGACGGUCGUGCCCAUCCUCCUGCAGGGCCUGUCGGUGCUGGCUAAGGACAGACCACCCAACCCCAUCGAGUACCUAGCGGCGUUCCUCUUGAAAAACAAAGGCCAGUUCGAGGAGAGAAACUAGCUCCCAACUGAAACCUUAGUCUGUUGUGUACUGUACUUUUCUUUUUUUAUCAUAAUAAAGGCAUUGAGAGAUGA